UUUCACAAUAGCCCUUGCAGGAAACUUCUGCUUCUCUUCUCGGGCAUUUCUGAGCAGGACACUGGGGUGUCCUGCUCCAUCUCCCCACCUGAUGAACAGGACGCUCAAGAUGUGGAUCAUGUGGGCUAUGCUGCUCUGCCUGGCUGGAGGGCAGCCUGCCAGUGCCACGCUCUGCAGGACCUAUGGCACCAUCCCAGGCAUCCCAGGAUUACCAGGACAGCCUGGCAGCGAUGGCAGGGAUGGGGAGAACGGCCCAAAGGGUGAGCAAGGACCCUCUGGCCAGAGUGAAGAAUGGAGAGGGGAGUGGGGAGUCCCAGGAGCACCGGGACAGCCUGGGAAGGUCGGUCCCAUUGGCAUGCCAGGUAUAGAGGGCUUACCAGGUAUCGUGGGACCGCCUGGCCCUGUGGGAGAACCUGGUGACUACAAGGUCACCUUCAAGUCCGGGUUCUCGGCUGCCAGGAUCAUGAGCUCCUACCCGCGCCGGGAGCAGCCCAUCCGCUUCGAGCGCGUGCUCACCAACGAGCAGGGCCACUACGAGAACCGCUACGGCCGCUUCACCUGCCGCGUGCCCGGCACCUACUACUUCACCUACCACGUCACCUCCCGCGGCAACCUGUGCCUCAACAUCAAAAAGGGCCAGGGUGGCAGCAGGGGCGAGAGGGUUGUCACCUUCUGUGACUACGUGCAUAACAGUUUCCAGGUCACCACGGGUGGCGUGGUCCUCAAGAUGGCCAUGAAUGAGUCUGUCUGGCUGGAACCAACAGAGAAGAACUCCUUGGUGGGGCUGGAAGGGUCUGACAGCAUCUUCUCUGGCUUCAUCAUCUUCCCUGAGGCUUAGCCCACUGGAGAUGUGUCUGUGGCCAAUCUCUGCAGUCCCUGCAGUGCUGAGGACUCCCCUGGAAACUCUUUGCUCCCAAACUGGUGCUUGAAGCACACUGCUGCCAUUCUUGCACAAUAAAUGACAGUUCUUUGCACUAUUGGUCCCUUUCUGGAUAGGAUUUGCCUUUUUCCUCACAAAUAAUUUUCACACAAUCAGGGUACUGGUUCUUGCCCUCUUGGGUGCAGCCCAGGCUCAUUAGCAUCUCAUUGCUGCUGAGAACAGCCAGACAAGUCAUGCAGUUCCUGCUGCAGACCAGGGCAAGUAUCUCUGUCCAGAGCCACCCAAAGGGUCCCAGCCCACGGUUAGGAAAACAUGGAGAGGCAGCUCAGCCUUUAGCAGGGGGCAGGGCAAUAACAGAGUGGGAAAACUGGGGCCACUGGAUGCUGGUGGUAGGUGGGGAGAUGCUGGAGGUGGUGCUGUACUGGAGAGUCCUGGUAGUGGCAAGAUCUGGGGACACCAACCUCUCUCAGACUUUUUUUGGGGGGUGGUGGUAGUGACAGGAGUACCCACAGAAGAUUGUCAAAGCUUGUGACAAGGCAGGGUAGGUCAGCAUGGGCCAAACAACUAGAUGCCGUGAUGGGGGUGGUGUGGAGAAGACCCCCACUACAGCCUCCAAACCCCAGCACAGAACUGUUCUCCACGUCCUGGAGCACAGCCAAGCCCUCCCAGCCUGCUCCUUUCAACAGCAGAGCUGUGGACCCAGGAAUUAUCAGAUGAAUUAAAGCUGAGGAGCCCGGGGACAGCCCUGGCCCUGGGGCAGGUGACAACCUGUGUGGGUGGGCUGCCUGCAGCCCCCAGCCCAUCUCGUGGGCCUGGACAGGAACAUUCAGGAAUUUUUGUGGAAGUGUGGGAUUUGAAAGGGUCUGGAUGGAAAGGAUGAUGAUAAAAGGUCUUGGGGAGGUGAGUGUGCCAUGGGCAGAUUUCAUGGAGCGUCACCCCUGAGGUCUCCAGGUUGGUUGUUGUCACAGACAUCUUUUGUGAAAAAACCUUUCUUGGGAUUUUUCUCCCUUCUGAGAAGCUGUAGCCUCAGCAACAAAGUGUAAACAAUGGUUAUCUGCUGCUGUGGAAUGCAACAGGUGGAUCCAUGAUUGGUCUCCUGUGGAUGCUUGGAUUUACUGACCACUCACGGCAGAGAUGUUCUCGCUCUCUGCUGAGACACAGACCUUUGUUAUCAUUCUUUUUUAUUCUUAGCUUAGCUAGCCUUCUGAGAACUUUUCUUCUAUUUCUUUUAGUAUAGUUAUAAUGUAGUCUAUAUAUCAUAAAAUAAUAAAUCAAGCCUUCUGAACAUGAA